AUGGCGGCUCUUUGCAGGAGUUUGUUUCACGGCUUUGUGAAAGGCAACGUUUACCGGCAGACUUCCUGCAGGAGCGGCUCCUCCGUCCGCCCGCCGCUCAGCUCCAUGCUGGCCGCCGCCUCGUGUCCGGAGCUCCGCCGGCUGUCGGUGGAGGAGCCGGAGGUGUUCUGGGGGUCUGUCGCCCGUGAGAGACUCAGAUGGAUCAGACCUUUCCAGCAAGUGAAGGACUGUGACAUGAGCAGAGGCAAGGUCAGCUGGUUUUUAGGAGGCCAGCUAAAUGUGUCUGUGAACUGUUUAGACGUCCACGUAGAGAAACACCCGGAGCGUGCAGCUCUCAUCUGGGAGAGAGACGAGCCGGGGACCGAGGUCAAGGUCACCUACAGGGAGUUACUGGAGAUGACCUGCCGCCUGGCCAACACACUGAAGAGCCAUGGGGUCCGUAAGGGGGACAGGGUGGCCAUAUACAUGCCUGUCUCUCCAACGGCAGUGGCGGCCAUGUUGGCGUGUGCACGUAUUGGUGCCGUGCACACUGUGGUGUUCGCGGGCUUCAGCUCGGAGGCCCUGGCAGGAAGGAUCCAGGAUGCUGAGUGUAAAGUGGUGCUGACGUGUAACCAGGGUGUGAGAGCCGGCCGGUUGUUUGAUCUCAAAUCCCCGGUGGACACAGCAGUAAAGAGCUGCCCCUCCGUCCAACAUGUGUUCGUAUCUCAACGGACUACAAGCCCCGCCCCUAUGGGGAAACUAGACGUCCAACUGGAAGAGGCCAUGGAGAAGGAGUCUGCCAUCUGUCCUCCAGAGCCCAUGGACAGUGAAGACAUGUUGUUCAUGUUGUAUACCUCCGGCAGCACCGGCAAACCUAAAGGCAUCGUCCACACGCAAGCUGGCUACCUGCUGUACACCGCACUCACCCACCAGUAUGUGUUUGACUGCCAGCCUGGUGAUGUGUUUGGCUGUGUAGCUGACAUUGGCUGGAUAACAGGACACAGCUACGUUGUGUAUGGGCCGCUGUGUAACGGAACCACCACCAUGUUGUUUGAGAGCACCCCAGUCUAUCCAGACCCUGGCCGGUACUGGGAGACAGUGGAGCGGCUGGGAAUAAACCAAUUCUAUGGAGCGCCAACUGCCAUCCGCCUGCUGCUGAAGUAUGAUGAGAGCUGGGUCAGGAAAUAUAACAGGUCUUCACUCCGCACACUGGGCUCAGUGGGCGAGCCCAUCAACCAUGAAGCAUGGGACUGGUUCUACAAUGUGGUCGGGGACGGACGGUGCCCUGUUGUGGACACAUGGUGGCAGACAGAGACGGGUGGUAUUUGUAUCGCCCCCCGGCCUGCUGAGCAGGGAGCAGAGAUAGUUCCAGCCAUGGCCAUGAGGCCUUUCUUUGGCAUCCAGCCAGUUCUCAUGGGAGAGGAGGGCCGGCCAGUGUCGGGGAACGAUGUAAGUGGUGCUCUGUGUCUGAGCCAGCCGUGGCCCGGCAUAGCCAGGACCAUCUUCAGAGAUCACCAGAGAUACAUGGACGUCUAUUUUAAGGCCUACCCUGGUCAUUACUUCACUGGUGAUGGAGCGUAUCGCUCUCCAGAGGGAUACUAUCAGAUCACUGGACGCAUGGAUGAUGUCAUCAAUGUGAGCGGCCAUCGCCUGGGGACGGCAGAGAUCGAAGAUGCCUUGGAUGAACACCCAGCAGUUCCAGAGACCGCCGUGGUCAGCGUCUCUCAUGACAUCAAAGGAGAAGUUCCGUUUGCAUUUGUGGUUUUGAAAGACGAUGCGUCUCUGGAGCAGAUGGCGGUGCUGGAGGAGCUGAGAGGUCUGGUGGCCUCCAAGAUCGCCAAGUACGCCGUCCCAAACCACUUCCUGGUGGUGAAGAGACUUCCGAAGACGCGUUCUGGGAAGAUCAUGCGGCGGAUUCUUCGGAAAAUUGCCAUGGAGCAGACAGACAACCUCGGUGAUCUCUCCACACUGGAUGACCCAUCUGUCAUCACAGAGAUCAUCCAGGCCCACACUCACUACAAAAAUCAACACAAAAAAAAAAAAAAUUAAAUCCAAAUAUGGUCCCAAAUAGCAAAUCCAUGUAGAGCAUAUAGAGAUGAAUCCCAGGGAGUUUUUUUUUUUUACCAAUCCUGCUCAUUUUGAUUGCACCUCAAUUGUUCUGUUUUUAGAGAGUUGGUGAAGAUAAAAACCGCACAUUUUAGAGUUCAGGAAGUCUUAAGGACUGAGAGAAAAAGCAAAAGGUUUUAAUGGACCAACAGGGAGCAAGUUAUUUCGCUUUUGACUAGGGGCUUCCCAUUAGGACUAGUCUGAGUGCCUUGCUUAAGGGCAACUUGUUGAAGUUUGUG